AUGGUGAUAGAUUGUCACACUAACAAUUGCUCCGGAAAUGACAUCGUUGAUAGUGUGAUCGUCAACCAGCUAAUAUGUUUUGGUGUAAAACCACUUAAAAAUGGAUUUGUUGCACCAGCAGAACUUGAAGGGCUUCUUGUUUCUCACCCUGAAAUACUUGAUGCUGUUGUCAUCCCAUAUCCUGAUGCUGAAGCUGGUGAGGUUCCAGUUGCCUACGUGGUUCGCUCACCACAUAGUUCACUGACUGAGGAAGAUGUUCAAAAGUUUAUUGCUAAUCAGGUAGCACCUUUCAAAAGAUUACGAAGAGUGACAUUCAUCAAUGCUGUUCCCAAGACAGCUUCGGGAAAAAUUCUCCGAAGAGAGCUUAUUGAGAAAGUAAGAUCCAAAAUAUGAUGCCAUGAUAUGAUGUACAUUUUUUCAACACCUUUUCGAGGUUCAGAUUCUGAAGUAUAUUGCGAGAUAGAGGGAAUCCCGAAAGGUAUGAUGGUUGUGGUAGUGGAAAAUGGAAUAAUACUGUCCAUAAAGUUUUAUACAGUCUUAAA